AUGUUUACGAGAUCAUGGCCACACCCUGCACGCGCCUCGAGAAAACGACUCGCAGACCCCUCCCGAUCCAAGACUGUCGAACUCAGACACGGGCUGCUAGACCACAAUGCGUCCUCCCACUGCCUGUGUCGUGUGUCGGUAGGUGACAAUUCCUUUCCCUCCACAAGAUCUAAAUUCCCACCAGAACCCGCCGCCGCAAAUGCGAAACCACCGCACCCGGGGCACCAUGUGCCUAUUGCAGUUCGCUCUCUAUGUGUAGAGCUCGCGAAACUGUAUUUCCGCUACAUACACGACACGUUCCAUUCGCUCUUCCAUCCACCCAGUGUGGUGGAAGAAGUCAUCGACGGCACAAUCCCAAGGGUCCUCCUGCUUGCGAUGAUAAGUCUCUCUGCCAGAUUUUCGGAAGAUGCCUUCUUCGCAGGAACGGAUCCAAGAAUUCGAGGUAGGCCAUAUGCCCAGGAAGCAGAGCAUCUCCUCAACAUCCGUGAAGUCUCCAUGACGACGUUGCAGGCCGCCGUCCUUCUGGGAGCGUAUGUUAUCACUGAAGGAGAGGCAGCUGCCGAAGCGGUCUACUACAGCGUGGCCUGUCGCAAUGCGCUGUUGCUUGAUCUGCCCAACAUGGCUGUUACGUCGAGGGUCGAGCAGGAAGUGAACCGGCGAGCAUGGUGGACAUUAUGUAUGAUUGACGUCUGGUCUUCUAGAGGUGUCCGGAUCCCCAGAAUGCUGACACCCAGGAACGACGUCCCCUACCCCAUGGAAGAGACGGUGUUUCACCGCCUGCGCCCCGAUGGCAUCGACAUCCCCAGCCCAUCCAGCCUGCAGGAGUCGCGUGCUUCGCUGCUGACGCAGAUGAUCAAGCUCAAUGCGAUUCUGUUCGAGAUCAGCACCGUCAACGAACUUGCGGUAUCCCGUUCCCACCUCGACACCCACCACAAAGAAGCCGUCGAUGCACUCACAGCCAAGUUGGAAGGUUGGUACGACAAUUUACCCACGGGGCUGCAGGACACACACGCAAACCUGUCGCGCUACGCCACGAUCGGGCUCGGUCCAAUGUUCGUGGCUGUCUAUCUGGGCUACUACCACUACGGACAGUUAUUGUACUAUCCGUACCUCCACGAGGACUCAUACGACGAGACCGUCCACGGGCGGUACUACGCCGACAAGUGCAAAGGCCACUCGAUCGGGCUCUGCGAGAUUCUGUACCGGGCAUAUUCCACCCCGGGCUGCGAGGUAUACUACACCAUGGUCGGACACGUGCUGGUGAUUGCAUCAACCGUCCAACUCCACAUCCUGCUUUUCAGCACCGACGAGGUCCAGAUCCGCACCGCGCGCUCGCGUCUCGAACGCAACUUUGAGAUCUUGACCCGCCUGCAGACCUUCUGGCCCACCUUGGACGUCUGCUUUACGCGGUUCCGCGAGUUCCACAAGACAUGUCAGAAGUACAAGGAGACGUCCUUUCGCAUGGAUCAAUGGAUGCUACAGUUCCUCUUCGAGUUUGGCAAGCCCGUGGGCGAAAAGGACCCGGAUGAUCUCGUGGAGCUCAGGCCGUGGUCCAUGCAGGAUUUGGGGUUCACUCCUCUUUCUUGA